AUGGCGUGCUACAAGUUUCUUCUCCUUUCCCUGCUUCUCUUUGCUUCAUAUGUUGCUGGAAUUGAAGGUAAUAAGCGAUUCUAUGCCCCUGUUUUGCAAAAAUCAGACUUCGGAAAGUCUGUUGUUUCAUAGUACUUUUAUUGCUAACUUUUCACUUUCAUUCAGACAAUAACGUGACAGUAACUUGUGGUGAAAACAACAUGACAGUAUACCUCGAAAAGCAAAACUUCCCUUAUUUGAAUGCUAGUAUGCUUCACUUACGGUGGUCUUGGCUGGGCCGGUGCCGUGCCAGUGAAACACCAACCCAUCUGGUAUUGAGCACUUCUUUGGAUGACUGUGGAACAACAGUUACCGAAAUGGGCGACUUGAUAAUUUUCACCAACGAAAUCGAAGGAGAUAUUCAAGUACAAAACUACAUCACCAGAGAUCAUGACUUUGAUCUCCAGUUUAACUGUAGCUAUUCAAGAAAGAAGCUUCUGGGACUAAGUUUCAUAACUGGUGAAAUUUUUGUCCAAGAUCCAGGUAUAGGAACCUUAAAUGAGCACAUUUAUGUCGUUAUUUAUAAACCAGCAACCCGCGUCAACAGUCUGACAUCAAUCAGAAAAUUAUUAAUAAAUAAAUAUUAAUUAAAAAUAAUCAAUCAUCAUAGACAGACGACUGAUUUUCUUUAAAUUUUAUUAUCAGUGUUUUGUUUGGCUUGCAUUAAUUGAUUAACAAGAUUAUCUGUAAAAUCAUCAAAUCAAAUAUUGUUGAUUAUUUAAUGCUGGAUUUUUCUGUCUAGCUCUUAAAAUUUGUCUUGUAAAUCAGUUAUUAAUUUAUAUUUAUCUGAAUAAUCAAAUUGGCAGGAUUACUAUUGAUUGCACACACGUUUUAUGAAAACUGCUCACUGCAAGUCGUCUGUUCAGUCAGUUCCGGCAAGCUGUACUUUAUGAUUUUUAUAUAAUAAAAAAGCGCUUUGUGUCAUUCUCUACUUCUCUCUCUUCUAAUUUUAGAAUAUAACAACCCUAUAACCUAUAUGUUAGUUACUCAUUCUUAUCUAUCUUUAUUGUCUUAUAUUAAAAUUCCCAUCGCAUUCACAUGAAUAAUUUCUAUGUGUAUAAAUGUUUCUUAUCGAUCAUCCAAACCUCCACCGAUCUUACCAGUUUAGAGUUAGCCACAUCAAGUGAAGAUGUAUUAAUUGGAAACAUAAUUUAAUAUAAGAAAAAGCCUUAGAGGGGCCUGAGAGUUUUUAAAGCAAAGAGAAAAAUCAGGCGAGGGUGCCAAAUAUGGAGUCCAUGACGUUCUUGUAUCUUGACAAAGUCUAAGCCUGAGAAACAUGCCCUUUGAUUGCAUGAAAUUAAUAAUCAAUCAGAGAACAUAUCUUCUUCCAACCUUACUAACCCUUGAACGAUUGUUCAUCUUUUUAGUUGGCUUCGGUAAUUUCACUUUCAAGAUGGACAUCUACAGGACUUCAGCCUAUCUCACUCCUUACUACGGAUACGAGUAUCCCGUAACAUUAGAGCUUAACGAAGACAUGUACGUUCAGUUUAGUGUGGAGUCUAGUGCUGAUCUGGUUGUGAUGGCGUUAAACUGCAGAGCAACUAAAGAUGGAAAUUUCUAUUCCACGCCAAAAUACGACAUUAUAUUGAACGGGUAUAGUAUGCAAGAAAAGUAAUUUUAGCCGUUAUUGAAAGUCAAGAACCCAUUUUUUUUAUCUAGAAAGCUGAAAAAGUUUCUGAGAGUUUUUAGGGAUGUUUAACCGAAAAAACCUGUAUGGUUUUCAUGUAGUAUAGAGAUGGGUUUCACAUAGUACAGCGUGAACUAGUCGAAGUCCUUUAUGUUUUAGGGGCGAGGUCUUUUUAAGAAUUUAAACAAGAAGAAAGGAAACAUGGUUAAACUAAGAUCCACUUUUGAGACACCUCCAAGCAUUGCGAUUGGUUCGGCGUUGUAUAGAAAGGAACUCAUCAAGAUGUCAAACAUUUAUGGAAAACAUGUAAAAGGAAUGAUGAAAAAUCGGCAGCGCAAUCUUAACUACAAUUUUAAACUUCAAACUGUCUAUAAAUGGUGGUUAAUUAAUCGAAACUAGCUGCAAUGAUUUAAUCUAAUUCAUUCAGUACCGUGAGGCAAACACUAAUUAACUUCUCUCAAUAUUAUGAUUACUAUCUCUGGAAACAAAAAUCCAUUCAUACCUUGUAUCAUACAGUACGACUGCUUAUUGUGUAUAUGCAUUAAACUUAAAGGGAAUUUAUUUUUUCCUCUAAUCAUAAUAGCUGUGUUCGAGACACCACUAUGGCUUAUCCGUACAGUUCGUCGAGAAGUUUUCAGCAGUUUAAUAUCAAGACGUUCAGAUUUUUCAACGACUACGAUGCUGUUUACUUCCAUUGUGAGCUGCUAGCUUGUCACAGAAAUUCACCAAACUCCAGGUAAGAUAACCAAAUCUUUUGCGUUUGUACGCUGUCGACAUUUUCAAAGUAAUGGUAGCAAAUAAGCGCUUUGCUGGACUCAGUAGCCUGGGAACAGUCCCACCGCCUGCCCUCAAUAAAAAUCGGAGAAGGGAAUUUUUACCGGGGGGAUGGGUGGGUCCGUAAACAGGCUAGGACUCUGUGGUAAAGGUAGAUUCCCUAUCAUGAGUUCAGGUACUUACGGAAGGUUCAAGCAAAUGCGGUGAGAUCGAUUAAGCUUUUUGGACGUCUUUAAAAGAAAAAGAUGAAAGAAAAAGAACUAACCUAGAGGUAGAUCCAAUAUUAAAAUCUUCAACAAAUCAGUAUCCUGGUAUUAUCAAAAUUAAAUUCUUGUUUAUUCAUUUGGCUACCAAUUCUUAUAAAUCUUCAUCUUUCAAGUGCCCUAACCAAAUCUUCAUAAAAGUUUGUUAGUCAUCAGUAUUAGGACACAAUUUAAAAAGAAUAUAGUAGAAAAUAGUCUUAUCUGUGCCUUUUAUAAGGUGUUCCCAGAGUUGUGCGAGCAGAAAACGAAGAAAUGCGGAUGAAGAUAGCGACCAGCCUGAAGGUGCGACCAAGACUUACCGAAUCAAACGAGGGCCAGUGCGGUUCAAGGAUAAGAUACCUGAGGAGGCUGGAGGUAUUUUAUUUAAAACCGAAUGUAACUAAGAGGUUCUUAAAAGUACAGAGUGUUUUCACUUAACCGGUCAGCAACAAUGCGAAUUUAUUUAGACAAAAGGAAGCUUUCAAAGAGUCCAACUCCAACAGAACACCAACAUUGCCGCCGUUUCAUGAUUUUAUAUUACUGUUUUGGAUCACCAAUAUGGUCGCCAAGAAGUCCUUUAAGAACAAUUAUUAAACACUGAACAACUCACUUUUAAAAUAAGGCACAAAAAUAUCAACUAUACUAUCGACGUGGAUCCCCUCGAUAUUCAAACAAUAUUUGUAACAAUUCUAACUAAUGUUAAUGCAUUCCACGCUUUCAAACAAUAUGCACGAUUUUUCCGUUUCAGAUACCGGUAAAAAUAAACAACAAGCUGCUAUAAUUGGAGGUGCGGCAGCCGCUGGUGGGGUUGGUCUGCUUGCUCUCAUUGCCCUGGUGUUUGUGUUUGUUAAGUACCGCAUUGCAAGGCUGCUCAUGAACCGAAAUAAGGUCGGGGAUCUGUACACGACACAAGACGAACAACUGAGUAGAAGGAACGCUUACAUUCAAGAUGAUGACACGAUUGAGAAGGAAGGAUCCAUGCGAGAUAUUCGUUAG